AUGGCACGAUAUGAUGUGACUAUACCUCUACACAACGACUACGGCAGUGGCAACGGGUUUGCCGAUUCGACUACGGGUGAAUUUCCACGCGAACCGAGUGUUGAACAGGUGAUCAUAGAUUUGACAGCCGAACACGAGGGGGACGAAGUGAUAGAACUUUCAGAUCCCUUGUGGGAGGAGGGGUUCAAUGGUGAUGCUGCAGAGGUCCUGCCGCUAUACGAAAACUGUAUCGGGUGCAGCGAUUGCGAGCCGGGCUGUAGCGACUCACGUCAGAGCGGAUGGGGGCAGUCAUCCGGGGCUAGCAAUCAUAGCGCAUGCGCCGAUGAUGAGUCGGACUGGUCCGAGUCACAGAUGAACGCUAGUGAUCAAGCCUUCGGGGUUGAUGACGACGAAUUACCAUCGAGUGGUCAACAGACACCAAACAGUAUUCAAGCUCCCAUCGAUGAAAACUUAUACGAACAGAUUGAAAAUCCUCAACCGGUUCAUGAAUUUGGCAACAGAAUACUGGUUCAAAUUGAACAGUUUAAAAACCAUUUUGACAAUCGUGACCGUGAGCUUCAUAGCAGAUUAGACACUUUCGACCGCAAACUUCAGCAGUUAGACGAUCGUGUACGUCAGAUUUAUGUUCAGCUGGAUGCUCAUGAUGGUGCUAUUCACUUGGGUCUAGAUAGACAACGUUUAGCUAUAGAGGAAAUAGCUCGUGAUUUACGCCACCAAAUUCAAACUGCCGACAAUUCAAUCGGUCGUUUGCACGACUUAACGCGCGAACAGAUAAGAGAAAGACGUCUAAUGUUCGAAGCCGUGUAUGCUAUGGUUUUCCCGAUAUUUUAUCCAUAG